AAAUGAGAUGAUAAUUUUGACAGUUACAAUCUGUAUUCAUUUCGGAAUCAUAAAUAGCUCAUGGACUGUUGACAAAUUUGUUAAUAUCGCGUAUGGCUGUCACAUGAUGUGUGCAGAUGCCUUCAUCUCAGGAUUUCGUUCAGUGAGGUAAUGAAUGUCAAACGUCAUUGUAACCUGACCAUGGUAGAAGGCUUUAUCACAAACAAGGGCAAACAAGUUGGGUUAAUAUCGCAACGGGAAACACAAGGAUCCAACUAACCCAAGUGGUGACAUGUUCAAAUAGGAAAAACACCUCAUAACAUGGGCCAACGAGAGCAAGCGAACACAGUUGCAUUGGAAUGAACGCUCUUUGACUUUUAACUAUAUCCAGGCUGGUCAUGGCAUUCGUGUCAGACGGCAACGCAAACGUUAUUGGUCAAAUAGGUUAACGUUACCAUGACCUUUGCGCUAAUCUACAGGAAACAAUCAUCAUCAUUAUGUAUAGCAAAGUCGACUACAUUUUCCGCAGUUGGAGCAGCGCUUACAAACAGACAGACAGACAAUCAUCGACAGAGAUGCACACGAUGUCCACGGGAACGUUUUUUGGGCUCCUGGCAAUAUGUGUUGUUGCUCAGUGUCAGCUAUUUGAUGCUCUGUACAAAUACGUCAUCGACAAAGCUGCUGACACCACCAUCCCUGUCAGUACAUUGAACCAGCCAGUCAAUGUGUCCAUAGGGAUGUCGCUUAUACAGCUAACGUCACUGGACCCCAAAUCCGGUGAUACUGAGUUCGAGGUGUGGAUGUCCUACGAAUGGACAGACACAAGACUGUCAUGGAACCGCCCAACUUUCAACGGUACAAGAAUGAUCCGUCUUCCAGCAUCCAAGAUCUGGAACCCGGAUGUAAGGCUAUACAACGGACACACAAGUACCCGUGAAGUCCUGGCUGUUGUGGAAAGUACCGGAAGUGUCAUGCACAUGCCCCCCGCCACUCUCAAGACACGUUGUGACGUCAGCAACUACACUACCGACGGCACCGUCACCUGCAGACUCAAAUUUGGUUCGUGGACCUACGAUGGCUUCCUUCUCAACCCCGUCACUGCUUCAUGGAACGAUGUAGACGUCUCCGACUACAACCCGAGUGGGACAGUGUGGGAUUUGACAGGGCACAAGGCGGAACGCAAUGUAAGGUACUAUUCAUGUUGCCCGGAGCCGUACGCGGACGUCAACUUCUUCUUCACCUUCACGAAGAAAGGAAAGAGAUACAACGGAUGGAGCAUAUUUGGUUAAUCUCAUUGUCCAAGUCGUCCACUCAGUAUACUGACUCAGAGCCCACCAGUCCUUGGAGUGCAGUGGGUAACAACAAAAGCCAUAUUUUAACUUUUGACACUCUAUUCACUGGAUGAGGUCUUCUGGAAGAUGGACAAUUUGUUGUUUUAGUUUUUAUUUCAUUCGUCAGUACUUUUGGUUCAUUACAAGCUGCACACGUUCUAAACUUGAUGAUUAAGUUGGGAAACACGUUUUAUUGCUUGGAGAUUGGAAAUACCAGACAGCUCAAAAUGAUUGUCUUAUGUAUUUGCGUUAUAAGUAAAUGUUUUCUACUACCAUGCUCAAUAUCAAUCUUAAGUUAAAAUGAAGAAUGAAGUAUUGAUCAUAUCCACUGUUCUAUGAUGCAUGUACUGAUCUCAUCGAGUACAACCCCAUUGGGACAGAGUGGGAUUUGACCGGGCACAAGGUGGAACGCAAUGUAAAGUACUAUUCAUGUUGCCCGGAGCCGUACGCGGACGUCACCUUCUUCAUCACCUUCAUGAAGAGAGGAAAGAGAUACAGCGGACGGAGCAUUUUCAACUAAUCUCAAAGUUCAAGUCGCCUGGAAGACUUCAGGGGAGGUCAAAUGAGGUUAAAGAUUAUUGCACUUAUGUGUUUUAUGCUGCUUGGAAGUGUCCGGGUUUAUGCUAGUUUUAUAGUGUUAGCUCACUGAGAUAACAUGCCGCAGUUUAGCAGGGUUAAAGGGUAAUAUCAUAUUUACAACAUAUUCUGGUAUGACGUGAUUGGGGAUCGAAACGCCGACCUUCCACCCUCCGGGCAGACUUUCCGUGAAGAUGAGCAAUAUGUUCUUUUACUUUUUUUGUUCGUUUGUCAGUAGUUUUGGUUUAUGACACAACCGUUGCAAUGGCAACAAGAGGAUCUUGUUUUAAACUUGAUGUGAACUUGUGACACGCAUUUCCUAGCUAGGAGAUUGGAAAUACCAGCUAAAUUUCAACCCUAUCUUGUAGUGCAUAAACAUGCAUUGAAGUUAUAAGUAAACGUUUCCUAUUAGCAUGCUCAAUAUCAAUCUGAGUGUAGUUAAAACAUAAAAUAAAAUAUUGAUCAUAUUCGCCGUAUUAAAUUGUAUGUUCUGGCUGGUAGUGUGAGUGAGUGAGUGAGUGAGUGAGUGAGUUAAUAUUUAAAUUGUCCUUUGCUUGUAUUCCAUUCCCAAAUGUA